CAAAAGAAAUGCCUGAUGACUGAUUCCAUCUUUUGUACAGUUCCAGAAGAUGUUCCAGGCCACUGGCCUUCCUGGGGAGAUGGAUGUCACAGAGAUCACUGAUGUCAGGUCAGGCAGUGUGAUUGUGGACUUCACAGCCAAGCACUCCAUCCUUGCCAACGAGACCAGUCCAGAUGUGAACACUCUGAAGCAGGCCAUGGAGACCCAGCUGAGAACGGGGCGGAUGGGAGGCCUGGCUGCCAACAGCAAUGGAUUUGCCCUGUCUGUCCAAGGUCUGGAGACAACAACAACACCCAAGAUGACCCCAGUACCAAGGGUCGCUGAUGACACCCUCAUCAUCAUCAUCGUGGUGGUGCUGGUCUGCCUCACGGUCAUCGUUGUUGCCAUAGUCGCUGCCGUCAUCCACACAAAGAGAAAACAGAAGCGGAAGCUUCCUCCCACGCCCACUGCCAACAUAGGCCACCAGAACAAGGCCUUCCGCGGUAGCCGUGACAGUGGCAUCAUGCAGGACAUCAACAACCAGAGUAUGCUGCCAGGCCAGAGGUUCGACCAACACAUCUAUGAAGACUUGAAUCAGUUCAGGAUCGAUCACUACGCCGAGUCCGAGUUUGUACCCAAGACAGACUUUGAUAAUGCUGUUAAUCAGUCCAAGAGUGCAAAAAGCAGGCGUGACCUCCCUCCCGUACCCCAGAGCUCACAGUAUACAGACAUGUCAGGAGCAACUAACACCAUCAAACAGGCCAUGAUGUCGGAGGAAUAUGUGAUGGAAGAUCACAACACGUCCACGUACCAAGACCUGAAGCCUUCAGAAUACCAAGGUCUUGUGAAACCUCAUAACCAACAGGUUAGGAAGAGAAUGAACAGUAGUAAUGAUGGUCACAGUGUUGUGUACCAGAAUGAAGCAUUUGUCAAUGAUGAGAUUUUACCCAGCCCUCCACCUGGCAGUAAGAUUGUGUAUGAGAAUGAAGAUGACAGCUUUAACAAAGCACUACCUUCAACAAGGUUAUAAUACACGUGUAUAGGGAAGAUAUUCAAGACAAAAAACACCAAAGAUACUGUAUAUCAACCAAACACCUUUUGGUAAGGUGUAGAGAGGAAAUUUUAUUUUGAGACAAUCAUAUCAUUGUUGUAAAUAGUUACACAGGUGCCUUAAGUUGCAUUAGCCUGUAUCUGUGCACAUACUGUAUGUGUAAACAACGCAUUAGAAAGUGUUGCUGCAAUAAGCCAUAUGUGUUGCAUGAACAACAGCUAAAUAACAACACAGUUCUUGCCAAGAGCUAUGGAUCAAAACUAGCAUCUAAUGCAGAAAUCUAUGAAUAUUAUAUAUGUUUAGCCAAGAGGAUUGAAUUGUUUUAUAUGUGAUGUAUAAUUAUAUCAAGACUGCAUAGUGACUUUGAUGAUUUUUAAAAUGAGAUGGUGACAACAUAAUGUUUGUAUGAUUUUUUAAAAACCUGUGUCCCUAUGUCUGGUGCAUAAUGUAGUAGAACUGUUACAUCAUAACUUACAUGUACUUUGUAUUGUAGCAAUCUAGUGAGAAGCUAUUUUGACAUGAAAUCAUCAUAAUAAAAUCAUUAUAAUCUAUCAAAAACGUCUAUUAAAGUUAAAAAUAUUAACCUAAGUAUUGCACUUUCUUCUUUCUGUGAAAGCACAAGAGACAAUAAAUAGAAUGGAGAUGAUAGUGAUAUAAAAACCCAAUGUUGUUGCAUACAAUUGCUGUAUUCGUUACUGUAAGAUGUAUAUUAAGUCAAAUAUUUGAUACUAGAUGUACAUAAUGCUAACUGUGGUUUUCCAUGUAAUUUUACCAAAAAUGAGCUGAGUUUUUAUAUACUUGGGGCUGGUAUCCCCUUAAAUACUACUGGUAUACAAUGUAGUAGCAAGAAUCGAUGUGAAAAGUCAAUACUAUGAAUGAUGGUGGAAAUCAUUUUGUAUAUUGUAAAGUUUUAUAUAGAACAAUUAAAGAGGCUGGUGAUUGAAAAA